UUCGAUUCUUCAACGUCCAUUUUGACACAAAAUCGUUUUGUCUUUUGAAACGUAGAACGGGGGUUUUUUAUUUUAAUUUUUCAUUUGUUUAUUUUAUUUUCCUUUUGUUAUAAGUGUUUCCUGGUUACCGUUCACUUUCUAGACUUUGAGGAACCAAUUUUUUUGACGAAAGUUUGGUUUUUUACGAUUUUGAAGCCUCUGAAGACCAUAGAUUGUUUUUAUCGAGGGGUUUUCUUUUUAUUUGUUUUUUUUCCUUUAGUUAUUCCUUUUUUUAGGGGAAAGAUAUUCGCUCGUAAUUGAGCUCUUGGUUCUUUAAAGACUUUAUUGUUUCUAAUAGGUAGCCAUCCGUCUAUCUUUAUAUCGGGAUUUGUGGUAAUUCAUAGUCUCGGUAGAAAAAAAAAAGAUUUUUUUUAUUGAUAUCUUUAGAAGUUAUUCCGAAGAACGUUUCCCAUUUUUCAUUGAUUUGUCUUUACUUUUUUCCUCCACACAAAAGCAAAGCAAAACAGAACAGAACAGAACAGAACAGGACAAAAAAGUUUAGAAACAUAUUGUCCUUUCCUUUGUGAUUAGUUAGUAAUCAUGUUGUCUCAAUUAAUACAAAAUACUUCUGAUUCUGUAAGGACGGCCACUCCUGAAGAGGAAGAACGUCUUUGUCCAGUCAUUGACUUUGGCCCCUUGCUAGCCAACGAGCCGGGUGCGCGAGAGAAGAUUGUCGAGCAGCUCCGCCUUGCUUGUGAAUCCACCGGCUUUUUCCAAAUUUUAAACCAUCCUAUCGGCAAAGAUGUCAUCAAAAAUGCUUUUCGCGCUUCCAAGCAUUUUUUUGAACUCCCUUUUGAUGAGAAACUGAUGUUGAGCAAGGAUAUGUUUAGCAACCGCGGUUAUGAGUUGCUCAAGGACUUUGUUUUAGAAGGUGAAGAAGAUUCUUCUCUAGACGGAGUGGUUCUCGACGAUGAUCUAUCUUUCCCUGGUAGCUCUUCCUUUACUCCUUCAUCUCUUGGUUGCCCGAUUCCUUCUGCUCAGUCCCUUUCCACGUACGCUGAACCCCCUGACUCAUCACCGACUACUUGGAACACCGGCCUCGGUGACUCUACCCCAUCUACCAGCAACAAUGCCGCUCUUCAUGAUUCUGAAUGUAUGUCUAAUGAAUUCCGCGAAAGCUUUUAUUUUGGUAAUGACAAUCUCUCCAAGGAACGUCUCCUCCGCCCUUUUCAAGGUCCUAAUAAAUGGCCUUCCAAUACAGGUGCUAAUUUUCGUACUUCCCUCGUCCAGUACCACGAUGAAAUGGCUGCUUUUGCCAAUCAAGUCAUGUGUCUUUUGGCCGAAUCUCUUGGUUUAGCGCCCAACGCAUUUGAUGAAUUUUGCUCCGAUCCCACUACUGCCAUUCGUCUUUUGCGGUACCCCUCAUCCUAUAACCGCACCGGAGUGAAUGACCAUACUGAUGCUGAUGCUUUGACACUUAUGGCGCAAGAUGAAGUUCGUGGCUUGCAAAUCGUAGAUCCUGUUUCACAGUCCUUCGUCGCUGUUUCUGCACGUCCCAGUGCUUUGGUUGCCAAUUUAGGUGAUAUCAUGGCUAUCUUAACCAACAACCGCUACAAGUCUUCAGUGCACCGUGUUUGUAAUACCAGUGGACACGACCGCUACACCAUUCCCUUCUUUUUGCAGGGUAACAUUGACUAUGUAGUGGCCCCUUUGCCUGGGCUAGGUCCCUCGACCACUGAGCCUAUUGCCGUGGAAGACUUGUUGAGGGAUCAUUUCCAUAACAGUUAUACUUCACACACUACAACCACUUCUUUGGUUUGCUAAUUCGAAUCCCUUUUGUUCCGUUGUAUUCUAUACUUUUCCUUUGAAUCCGUUAGAAGUUUCCCAAUGACUUUACAUCCCGUUAAUUAAGCUGUUUUAAUAAUUUUCUAUAGAUUGCUAAUUGUUUUUUCCCUAAGGGCUCUGACUGCCACCGAUAUCUCGUUUCUUCAGGACGGUUUUGAGCUUUCAAAUUUACGCCAACGUUUCGUUCUUUUUCAACGUUUUAUUUCCAUACGGCUUGCUUUUAAGCUUCUGUUAUAUUCUGCUCAUUUUACUUUUUCUUUUCCGUUAUAGAAAAGAAAGAAUAAUUGGAUGUCAACGUUUGCGUGCAAUCGUCUUUUCCCUGUGUAAUUAGAUCGUUCGUUCUUUUGUUUAUGUUUUUCAUUUUGUUAUUAUUAUAAAUACUAAUUUUGCUUGCUAUGAAUGAAUGUAUUGUUGAGCUACAAGUAGG